GUACAUCAACAGGGGCUUAUAGGCUAUUCCAUCUUGAUAUAGCUUUGAAAUCACUAAUUGCUAAUUCGUGAUUAGGAGGAUAAUUCUAAGAUAAUAGUUAUGUGAUUAUUUUGAGAGGAUUGUCAUCUAGUAAUCUCAGAGGACCUAUGUAUAACUUGCAUUAUAUUUAAGUGUUGCUUUUGGUGUUUUUUUUUUGGUAUCAAUGUUCCACUUUUGUCCUUCUAUCCCUGUUGGGAAUGGAGUUGGUGUAGGUGUCAGGAGAUAAUCAUGGCCCAAAGGAUUUAAUAAGUUAGUUGAAUUCCACUGUCGCAAGACAUUUAAUUGUUAAUGGUUAGUGUGAAAUCUGUGGAGUCAUGAAGAAGAUGGGAAGCUGCUAACUUAACUAGAGGUAGUGAUAUUAUUUUAUGUCAAGACUAUAGUAUCAUGUCUGUUCUCGGUCUUGAGCUUGAUCUUCACUGCAACAUCAUGCCAAGCUGUUUCAGUGACGGAAACACUGGGAGUUUAUUAUCCUUUGGCUGCAUCAAUUUGUUUGGUUUGUGGUACCAUUCUCUUUCAGUUAUGAACCCUCCCCUGAAUUAUGAAGUCCCUUAUGUUGAACAGUUCAGAAAUAGGUUUCUCAGCAUGGUUGCUGAGUAAAAUUCUUUGAUUUAAGUUGCAGUUGUGAAAAUUUAUUAUGUAAAUGCAUUUAUCUUUCUGAAACUGAGAGCUUUUGUGCAUUUUUCGUUUUAUUUAUGCGUCUUUAUAGAAGAUUAGAGUUCAGACAAGCAGUGAAUUGAUAGCCCCACAAUGGGUAAGCUCUGUUAAUUGUUAAAUGCUUGUAUUCUUAUUGAUAGGCGAAGCAUCAGUACAGGAUUUCACCAGGUAGAGUAUCAUCUGAUGCCAGGGGCAACGAUUUCCCAUUGCUUCUGGAGGGGAAGCAGAAGGAUUCCCCAAAGCUUGAAAACAAUGGAGUUAGAGUACUUACUAAAGCACAAAUUGAUGCAGAGUUAGCUCAAAUGAUGAGCAUGAGUGCGGAAGAGGCUGCUGCAGCUGCUACACAAGCAGUUGCAGAGGCAGAAGCUGCUACUGCUGAGGCAGAAAGGGCAGCUAGAGAUGCGGAGAAGGCUGAAGCAGAGGCAGAAGCGGCACAGUGCUUUGCUGAAGCAGCAUUGAAGGCAUUGAAUCCUCGAACUGUCCGUGUGUGGUGGAUCUGGAUUGCAACAGCUAGGGUGUGCAUCUAUCCAGCUUAAAUGUCACUGUAGAUAUGUGAAUAGAUUUGUAAAUAUGGAUAACUGUGUCCAUUGGCAGGUGAUAUUGAAUGUCAUUGGCAAGAGAGCAAUUUUAGUCUUUUAUUUUUGUACA